AACACGAUCUGAUGAUGAUAUAAAACGGAAUGAGAGUGCAACAGAGAUAAAAAAGUAUUAGUAAUGCCACAGAAAAGUGCCUCCUUUAAGAGAGGUAAGGCCAAGCCUAAGGCUAAGUCACAAGGCAUAACAACCACAGAUGAACCAGCAGUAAAAAAGAAGAAAACAAUUAAGGAUGAAAACUUCCCAAGAGGUGGGGGCGUCUGGAAGAUCCAGGGUAGUUCCGAUCAAUCAUCCUCAGAAAAUAUUGCUAAUCCAGAUGCUGAACUUUUUAAGGAAGUUGAUGAGCAACACAAGGCAUUACAGUCAAGACGAAAAAAGAAAGAAGAGGCCAAGAAAUCAAAGGCUCAACAAAAACCUAGGGUGCCCAUAUUGGUGGACAAUCAGGCAGAGCCACACCUUCUAACUAGACAGAUUCUAGCCCCAGGAAUGCUAGUCCUAGGAUGUGUCAAAGAGGUCCAUGAAUACAACCUGAUCAUCAGUCUACCCAACAAUCUCUCUGGGACUGUGGCCUUGACCCAGAUCAGCCCCGCCUACACUCAGCAGCUUCAGAGAUUGACCCAGUUAUCUGAAGAGGAUGUGGCAAAUGAGGAAACAGAUGUAGCAGACCUACACACAUUGUUUAAAGUUGGUACCAUUGUGCCUUGUAAAGUCUUGUCUGUACAAAAUACAAAACAGUCAGGGGUCAAAAUCAAACUGAGUCUUAAACCAGAGGACAUAAAUAGGGACCUGACCUCAGAUGGCCUGCACAAUGGAAUGUCUAUAUUUGGAAGCAUUUCCAGUGUAGAAGACCGGGGUUAUGUGGUAGAUCUAGGAAUCAAAGGAGUUAAGGCAUUCAUGAAGAGUAUGGAUGCUGAAAAAUUUAUACAGCUUCAUAAUGAAGGUUACUCCCUGAAGGUUGGUCAGCCUGUUUAUUGUGGACUGAAGCUGGGGGAGGAUCGAAUGGAGCGGGCAGCGGGGGAGACAAGGACAGUCAAUGUCACGAUAGAUCCCAUGGAGGUGUCCGUCUCACAGUUGAAAGGAGAAAUGGACGUUAAAUUCAAUUACUUGGUGCCUGGAAUGAGGGUUGCUGCCAGGGUAACAAAGGUUUGUGAUAAUGGUGGGGUUGUAGUGAAAUUUCUCAACUUCAAAGGAAGCAUCCCUGUGACACAUCUUAGCAGUCGAUCCCCCACAAAAGGGGACCAGUUGAAGGCCAGUGUCCUUUAUAUACACCCAACAACAAAGGCGGUUGUGCUGACAACACUCCCCCACAUUCUGGAUUACGGAGGAGUGCCGCAGAAUACAGCUCUGACACAGUACGACAAAGGGGACAUAAUCGAGGAAGCUCGAGUCCUGUACACAGACCUCAAAAGGGGAGUCUACUUCAAGAUAGAGGAUGGAGUUACAUGUACUGCCCUUGCUAGUCCCAAGAACCUAUCUGAUGAUAAGAAUUCUGGUAUGAAAGUCAACUUCAAGCGUGGGAGUGUUCACAGGUGUCGUGUUACAGGAGUAGACUGGAUGGACAAUGUAGUUCAUGUAGGCCUGAAAAAGAGUUUGUUUUCCAAGUCUUUUCUAAGCUUGAAAAGUCUACACCCUGGAGAUUUACUUGAGUGUGAGGUUGUGGAAUUGAGAGAUAAAGGUGCCAUAGUCAAGUCUGGCAAUAUAUCAGGAAUCAUUCCCAGCAUGCAUCUGGCAGAUAUACCACUGAAAAUGCCGGAAAAGAAGUUCACUCCUGGGCGUAAAAUAAAAUGCAGAGUACUGAAAAAUGAUCUAGUCAAGAAAAGCCUUGUUUUGACAGCCAAAAAAUCUUUGAUCCACACCCAGCUUCCUUUGUUAACUGAUUUUACACAGCUUGAGAAGGGUCUGCAGGUGGAAGGAUACAUCAUAAAAACCUACAGUAAAGGAGUCCUGGUGGGCUUCUACGACAAUGUCAAGGGGUUUGUUCCUAAAAAGGAGUUAAGCACUGAAGAAAUUUCUCAUCCUGAGAAGGUGUUUUAUACUGGACAAGUUGUCAAGUGUCUAGUUCUGGACUGGAACACAGAAAAAGGAACCUUAACACUGUCUUUCAAGUCAGAAGAUUGGGAACAACAUGGAUCCAGACUGGCAGAUGUACCUGAUAAUUUUAAAAUUGGCAAGACCAUAGAUUGUAAGGUGAGACAGAAAACUAAGACAGGAUUGGAUGUUGUCAUAGGAACCUCAGGGGUGUCAGCUUUUUUACCCAGAAUUCAUCUCUCUGAUUUCAAAGCAACAUGUGACCUUCAGAUGGAGGUCAUAAAACCAGGCAAUGUGUUGAAGAAUUGUGUUUACCUAAGUCGUUCUAGUGUCUUGAUACUGAGUAGAAGAAAGUCAAUUGUGGAUUACUUCAAGGAGAAUGCAGUGGUUACAAACAUCACAGAUUUGAAGGAUGGCAUGUUGGUUCAUAUUAAUGAUGCACAUCAGGGGGCAGGCUUGGUGGGAUUAGCUCCUAACAGAUAUGUGUCAGACAGACAGUGGCAGAGGGCUAAGGAACAGUAUCACACUGGUCAAGCGGUCAUUGCCAGGAUCCUACAGACCAACGCUGAGGACAACAAAUGUCUGGUGUCUCUAAGGAUGCAGGAGUGUAACCAAGGAAACACAGAUGCCAGUAUUGUAGAGGAAUAUUUACAGGCAUUAGAUACCAUGUGUAAACGUGGAGGAAAGACAUCAAUGUUUCCCUCAGACAUGGAUAUUGGUGACAUAUGUACAGCGUCUUAUGUUGGCCGAAGUGACGACAAAGUUGUCUACAAACUGACUGAUCAUGCUGUCGCUGCUAAGUGUCCUGUGGAUCUCAUGGAUGAUGAGGAUGCUGAUAAUAUAAGCUCAGUGGAUGUGGCCGUUCUGAAUUUCAAUCUCAAGGACAGUAGUGUGGAUGUAGUAUCAAACAAAGAAAUAGUGACAGCCAUCAAAGAGAAAUCACAAACUAAAGGUAAAGUUAACCAGAAAGUGAAAGGAAAAGUUUUACUGAUUUGUGAUGAAGUUACCGUGAUAAUUCUACACGGGUCACUUAAAGGUCAACUGGCACACAUUCCUACAAAGAAGCAUUUAAAUGAUGUCAUCGGUCCAAGCUUUUCUGUAGCACAGCAGUUAAAUAUUUCUAUUAAAAAAAUUUUCAGUGGUCACAUUGUGGGUGUUCCUGAUUAUCCUUCCCACAGACAAACAAAUGGACAAACUGUAGAUGGUUUAGACAGUGAAAAUGGAAAGUUUAAUCUUGAUCCAGGAAAUGUUGUUGAGGGCCGCCUUCAGAAGCUAAAGAAGAGAUCAGGAAUUCUGGUCAAUCUAGUGGGCGGAGCUAAAGGAAUUGUUUGUUUGACAGACUUGUUUGAUGAAUAUCGAAAUGACCCACUGACCUACUUCAAGCAAGGCCAGCAUUUAAAAUGUUACGUGAUUGACCUAGGACCGAGACAAACCUAUCUGUUGUCCCUAAGAAAAUCAAGGAUUACCAAUGAUAAGUCAGAUGUCAAAGAUCCGGAAGUUCUGGGAGUGAAGUCCUUGAAAGUGGGGCAGGUUGUGAGAGGAUACAUUGUAAAGAAGACUAGCUCUGAUAUCUUAGUAAGGAUUGGCAGGGAUCUUUUUGGGACAAUAGAUGGAGCUGAUUUCUCACAAAUAGAUAGGAGAACCAAGCGUCUCUUAUUUAAUGGAAAAAUUGUAAUCUCUGCAAAAAUCACCAGUUUGGAAGGUGACAAAGUGAAGAUGAAAUUUUUAUCAUAUAAAAAGGAUGAAACAAGAGGAAAAACAGUAAAAAGGCAGCUUAGCACAGACUCUGUAGAAAGUGAGGGCUCCAGACAGGUGAACAGUGAGGGAGACUCAGAGGAUGAAGGUGAAAAACAGCCAACACGAAAGAAAAAGAGGAAAAAAAGAAAGAAUGAUGAAUGUGAAACCCAAACAGAAGAAUCUCCAAACAAAACAACAGAGAGGCAGAGCAGUCUCAGUGAGCUUCCCAGUCUUAAGAUUGACCAGGCCUUCUCUUGGGAUGCAGACCUGUCGUUACCACCAGCAGAUGGCGCUGGCAGCAGUAGUGAGGAAUCGGACACAGAAGAAAACCAGAGAAAACCACAGAAAAGCAAGAAGGAUAAAAAGAAGGAAGAAUGCAUGCUUUUUGAGUUUGAAAAGAAGCAGUUGGAGGGGGUGGUAGAGCCAGAGAAAGCUGACGACUUUGAGAGACUGGUGCUGCAGUCCCCCGACAGCUCACUGGUGUGGAUCAGAUACAUGGCGUAUCAUUUAGAGUCCUCCGAGAUAGAGAAAGCUCAGGCCGUGGCAGAACGAGCUCUCAAGACCAUAUCAUUCAGAGAGGAGCAAGAGAGACUUAAUGUGUGGGUGGCCUAUCUAAAUCUGGAGAAUAUGUAUGGGACCCCAGCUCAGCUACAAAAAGUAUUAGAGAGAGCUGUUCAACAGAAUGAACCUCUAAAUGUGUACCAACAGCUGGUCAGCAUCUACAUCAAGUCUGGAAAACUAGAGGAAGCAGAACAGUUGUACAGCAAGAUGGUUAAAAAACACAGUGCCAAUAAAUCUGUGUGGCUUGGGUUUGGAGAGUUCUUAUUCAGAAACGGACGAGCUGAGUCAGCUCGAAAACUGUUACAGCGGAGCUUAAACUCAUUAGAGAAAAGAGAUCAUGUGGAAACAAUAUCUAAGUUUGCCCAGAUGGAGUUUAAGUUUGGGGAUUCGGAGAGAGGGAAGACCAUGUUUGAGAACAUCCUGGUGAACUACCCCAAGAGAAGUGACCUGUGGUCAGUGUACAUAGACAUGGUGGUCAAGGUGGGGGACAUUGAAGGAGCAAGGCUGCUGUUUGAGAGAGUCAUCAACUUACAAAUGGCAAUGAAGAAAAUGAAGUUCUUUUUCAAGAAAUUUUUGGACUUUGAGGAAAAACAUGGUGAUGAGUCCACAGUGGCCGCUGUGAAACAGAAAGCUCAGGAGUAUGUAGACUCACAUUGAGUAGUACUCAAUAGUGAGGUCAAUGGUGUGUUCAUUAUGAGAUUCAUCGGAUGUCUACAUUGAGUCAAGAUGAAGAUGUUGGACUCCAGAUCCUGGAUAGAAAUCAGCUUAGAUGUUCAGAGAUUGCUCCCAUGAUACCAUUUAUCUGCACUAAUUCAUAAACCCUAAGAAAGAAUAACAGCAGAAAUAUAAAAAUCCUAACUCCAGAUGACUUCAUUCAUACCAUUUUUGAAAUCUUAAAAGAAGUUU